AUUGGUAGAAUUAGAAUAGUUACUCAGGGUUACUAUGGACAUUGGCUUUGCUGUUAUCCAAGUGAGGACGUGACUUUUGGUCAACUUGUAUCCCUAUCGCUGUGAGCACAAAUAGAUAGCAGUGCUCACCUCGUUUAUGUUGUCAUAAUUACAGCUCAUCUGGUUUGUUAGUUCAUCACUGAAAGACCCGCUUUGGAGCGUUAACGAAGCAAUGGCCCAGAGAAAGAAUCCCAAAACCCACUCCAAGAAAGAGGCCAAGACUCCACCAGCGGACAGCAAGAAUGGAAGGAGGACAGAUGGAGGGGCAGGAGAUGCACCAGGAGGUCACAAGUACUCCGUGUUCACCUGGUUUGUGGUGCUGGCUCUGCUGGGAGUCUGGAGCUCUGUGGCCGUCAUCUACUUUGACAUCGUGGACUACGACAGCGUCAUCGCCAGAGCUAAGGAGUUUCGCAUGAACUUUUCUGAAGUUUUACAAGGUAAACUGAGGGCCUACGACGCAGAUGGAGAUGGAGACUUUGACUUGGAAGAUGCCAAAGUUCUGCUCGGGCUGAAGGAGGCACAGAGAGCGGGAGACUCACCUGAAGGGAACGUAGAGGGUGAACCCACACCUGUCCUCGAUGAUCAAGAGUCUGGGCCCCAGGACGUGGAGUCAGAUAUCCAAGACGCUGUCCUUCUCCCUUCACUGGUGGAAGAUAGCUUUGUGCCAGAUGAUCCACGAAGCAGCGUGCAUCCUUAUGAGGAUGAGGCCAUUGCCAUCGAUACCACCGGAGUUCUGGUGGAAGAGCCGCCGCCACACCAGAGUGUAGUGAAGCCAGGGCAAUAUUUGACAAGCUCCAAAUUCACACAGGAAGAAGGGCGAGUUGCAGAAGCAGAGCACUGGUCUGAACCACCAGCACAACCAGAACUACAGAGUGCCACACCCAGAGAGACGGAGAAAACCCCAGAGACCCCGGGAACAACAGAGAAACAACCUGACGAGAUGCUCAAAGAAAAAGCAAAAAAGAAGAAACCAAAAUUGCUGAAUAAGUUUGAUAAAACUAUUAAAGCAGAAAUUGACUCUGCAGAAAAGCUUCGCAAGAAGGGGAAGGUGGAUGAGGCACUGAAAGCUUUUGAGCUGCUGGUGCAGACGUAUCCACAGAGCCCCCGUUCUCGUUAUGGGAAAGCCCAGGCGGAGGACGACCUGGCCGAGAAGCUGCACAGUAAUGACAUGCUGCAGAGAGCCAUUAACACCUACAGAGAGGCCGCUGAGCUCCCCGAUGUGACCUCUGACCUCCUGCGAGCUGCACUGAAGAGACGAGCUGAGAGACAGCAGUUCCUGGGGCGUAUGCGAGGGUCUCUGAUGACCCUGGAGAAGCUGGUUCACAUCUUUCCAGAAGACAUCAAUCUGAAAAACGACCUGGGCGUAGCACACUUGCUGCUUGGAGACAACAGGGGUGCCAGGAAGGUCUAUGAAGAGGUCCUGGCGGUUGACCCUGGGAACGGCUUUGCUAAAGUUCACUAUGGCUUCAUCCUGAAGUCUGAGAACAAGAUCGCGGAGAGUAUACCCUACCUGAAGGAGGGUUUGGAGUCUGGUGACCCGGGCACGGACGACGGGCGUUUUUAUUUCCACCUGGGAGACGCCCUGCAGAGAGUUGGAGACAACAGCUCAUAUUACUGGUAUGAGCUGGGUCACAAACGAGGCCACUUUGCCUCAGUGUGGCAGAGGUCGCUGUACAAUGUGGACGGACUGAAGGCUCAGCCCUGGUGGACGCCUAAAGAAACCGGAUACACGGAUCUGGUCAAGGUGUUGGAGAGGAACUGGAAGACGAUCAGGGACGAGGGUCUGGCAGUGAUGGACCAGAACACUGGAUCGUUCAUACCCGAGGAAGAAAACCUGAGAGAGAAGGGAGAGUGGGGCCAGUACACACUUUGGCAGCAGUGGAGAAAAGUUGGAAAUGCCUGUCAGGGUGUCCCAAAGACCUGCUCGCUGCUGGAGCGAUAUCCUGAAGCUACAGGGUGCAAGAGAGGACAGAUCAAGUACUCCGUGAUGCAGCCGGGUACUCACGUGUGGCCUCACACCGGUCCCACCAACUGCAGACUGAGGAUGCACCUCGGCCUCGUCAUCCCCAGACAAGGCUGCAGGAUCCGCUGCACCAACCAGACCAGGGAGUGGGAGGAGGGUAAAGUCCUCAUCUUUGACGACUCCUUCGAGCACGAGGUCUGGCAGGAGGCUGACCAUUACCGCCUUAUCUUCAUCGUGGAUGUCUGGCACCCAGAGUUAAUGCCGUACCAGCGCCAGACUCUGAGCCCUAUUUAGACCAGGACCUGGGAGCAGCUGGACAAAGACCUGGUAAGAACAGUCACACAGCCUGAGCAGCUGACCGAUUCUUCUUCUGUGGACAGAACUGCCAAAAACCCUGACUCGGUCUAAGAAGGAUCAAAAGGCGAGUUUGUUUUUUUUCUUCUUCUUCUUUUUUGUGGAUUAACUACUAAACUCCUGAAUACUGUCACAAGACCAGAUGUCGGACUGAAGAACAGAAAAGAAAGUGUGUAUUUUUACUGGGUGAUACUACUGACUGUACGACCCAGACAUGUGGCACGUGUUCUGGCCCUGGUUAGCCCUGUUUGGCCCGGGUUCCAGGUUCCCACAGUCACAGACAUUAUGCAGACUUUAAAGAAUUCAGCGUUUAUUUCCUAGCUCUGGAAAUUAUUUGGGAAAAACAUCCAAAGUUUUGGAAAAUGUUGAAAAUUAAAAAACUCUAAGUGGACGUUUUUGUUAAUGCCCAAAUGUUACUGAGCGUCAAACCAAAACCAGUUAUCCAGGGUUAAACGCCAUCAACAUUAAAACAUCCGACAGAUUUUAAAGUAGUUCACGUGCUUUUGUAAAGAUGCGGAAACAUUGCCACGGAGCCAUUUGUGAUGAAGAAGAGAUGCCUUGGUUUUAGCUCGACCACUAGGAGCCUUUUCACUUUCACCUUUUUAUCACUUUUGCACAGUGACAAAGAAACAUGUUGACAACAGAUGAUGUAUCUUUAUAUUAAAAAUAAAAAUACAGAAAAAAAUGCACCUGCAAAAGUAAACAUUUUAUUUGUUUAGAAGCAGUUUAUCACAUGAGAGCAGUUUGUACUGAACUGGUCUCCUCCGUUGUGGUUUGAUGCAGAUGAGUUUUCUCUACGGUGGCCGACACGGUCACAACACAUGCAAAAGACACAA